AAAGCCGCCCUCCUCCAGUUCCGCCAUUGACGUGCUGCAGCUCCUCGCUUCUUCAAACAGGAAGUUUCCCAGCGUCUAGAGAUAGAUAGACAGAGAAAGAGAAGAAGAGGGUCAAUGGCAAGGCGUCCGUACACCUCGUUCUUGGUGCUCUCCCUCCUUCUCUUGAUUGCCCUCUCCAAUAUAGCUGAGGUUCACGGCAAGCUCAGGCCUUCAGAUUGCCCCAACAAAUGCAAGUUCCGGUGCUCGGCGACAUCGCACAAGAAGCCGUGCAUGUUCUUUUGCCAAAAGUGCUGCGCGAAAUGCCUGUGCGUGCCUCCUGGAACUUACGGCAAUAAGCAAGUCUGCCCUUGCUACAACAGCUGGAAGACCAAGGAAGGAGGCCCCAAAUGCCCUUGAAGGUCGAUUUGAUUCGAUCGAGUUCGCUCGAUUUGAUCGCGACGACUAGCUACUACACAGUCAAUUAGGCUUGAUCUACCAUAGUUGCUGCAAAUUCAAAUUAUUUAUAGGAUAUAUGCAAGUUUGCUAGUUGAAUCUUUGUGUACUACUGCUAUGUGUGAAGGUCACCCGGACACUUAAUGAACAUGUUGGGGGUGCAUUUAGCUUGAAUAGGUUGGCGAUUCGACGUGUAAUUCCGGAUCAUCUUUUCAGACAACCCCGGAAUGAAGUUCUUUUCUUUUCAUGCUUGUAUUGACUUCAAAAAC